AUGUGCCUUUUAUGCGACAAAGUUUUGGGCAAUGACGCUAUGAAACCAUCUAAACUGCAAGAUCAUCUGAGAAGAUACCACCCUGAUAAAACAGAGAAAGAUUUGAAAUACUUUCAAACACUCAAAGAUAAAUUUCAGAAGAGACCUACACUGGACAGAAUGUUCGCUUCGACGUCACAAAGAAAUGAUGAUGGUUUGCGGGCGUCUUACAAUAUCUCGUUACUUAUAGCAAAAUCCGGAAAACCGCAUACUAUCGGAGAGAAGUUAAUUUUGCCAGCCGUUGAAGAGGUUUUAAAAACUGUUUUACACAAACCUGCAUCUGAUAUCAUUAAAAGAAUUCCCUUAACCAACAAUACUGUUGAAAGACUUAUUGAUGAAAUGAGUUCUGAUAUUGAAAGCUUCUUAUGA